CUUUGAGUUUGUUCUCAACUUGGUUUUGUUGAUUGUGUUUUGGUCUCUCUCUCUCUCUCUCAUAUAGGUGCUAGUGUGCUACGCGGCACCCUUACUCUCAGCCUCUGCAGAAGAAGAGAUAGAUUCCUUUAUCACCCUUCUCUACACAGAGAAUACUAUGUUAGGUCCACCUGGCAUUGCAGAAGAAGCCGGCAUGUUCAGGGUUCAUCAAACAAUUGGCAGUGUUUUGUGUUGCAAAUGUGGAAUUCCAAUGCAACCAAAUGCUGCCAAUAUGUGUGUGAAGUGUUUGCGCUCAGAAGUUGAUAUCACAGAAGGAUUAUUGAAGCGUCUAGUGCUUGUCCAUUGCCCUGAGUGUGAGAGUUACUUGCAGCCACCCAGAACUUGGGUUAAACUACAACUAGAAUCAAAGGAGCUGCUAACAUUUUGCUUGAAAAAAUUGCAGAAGAAUUUAAACUCCAAUAAAGUAAGGAUGGUUCAUGCCGAAUUUAUUUGGACUGAGCCCCACUCCAAGAGGAUAAAAGUCAAUGUCAAAGUUCAGAAGGAGGUUAUGAAUGGAGCUAUUCUUGAACAAUCUUAUACUGUGGAGUAUGUUCAACAGGAGCAUAUGUGUGAGUCUUGUUCUAGGGUCCAGGCUAACCCUGACCAAUGGGUUGCCGCUGUGCAACUCAGGCAACAUGUUUCUCAUAGGCGUACUUUCUUUUAUUUGGAGCAGCUGAUUCUGAAGCAUGGUGCUGCUGCUAGUGCCAUAAGAAUAAAACAAAUGGAUCAAGGUAUUGAUUUCUUUUUCUCUAAUAGAAGUCAUGGUAUCAAAUUUGUGGACUUUGUUGGGAAAGUUGCUCCUGUGAGGAGCCGUCACGAUAAGCAACUUGUUUCUCAUGAUACAAAGAGUAACAACUACAACUACAAAUAUACAUUUUCUGUUGAAAUCAGCCCCAUUUGUCGGGAGGAUUUAAUUUGUCUGCCUCCUAAAGUUGCUGUUAGUUUGGGAAAUCUUGGUCCUCUUGUGAUUUGUACCAAGGUUACCAACAGCAUUGCUUUGCUUGAUCCAUUUACCCUAAGGCACUGUUUCUUAGAUGCUGAUCAGUACUGGAGGACAUCUUUUAAGUCUUUACUUACUAGCAGAAGGUUAGUGGAAUAUAUUGUGUUAGAUGUGGAGGCUGUUUCAUCUGAGGUUACUGUUGGUGGCACAAAAUAUGUUUUGGCAGAUGCUCAAGUGGCUCGCGUGUCAGAUUUUGGAAAGAAUGACACAAUAUUUUCCAUCAGGACUCAUCUAGGCCAUCUUUUAAGUCCUGGUGAUUAUGCUCUUGGUUAUGAUCUAUAUAGGGCUAACAGUAAUGACAUUGAAUUGGACAAGUACAAAGGACUUGUUCUUCCUGAUGCAAUCUUAAUAAAGAAGAGUUAUGAAGAGAAGCGCCAGAAGAAACGGGGCAAGCCUCGCUCAUGGAAGCUUAAGUCACUUGACAUGGAGGUUGACGAUAAGGUUAGAGUUGAACCAGACAAGAUGAACUCAGAAUAUGAACAAUUCUUGAAAGAUCUUGAAGAAAACCCUGAUAUGAGGUUCAACAUAUCAUUGUACCGAAAUAAAGAGUACCAGCCAUCAGAGAUUGCAUCAGUGACUGAUGGGGAAGAGCUACCUUCUGUUUCAUUGGAGGAGUUGCUAGCUGAUCUUGACCUUGAUCUAGAGGAUGAAGAUGACGAGGAUGACAUGACAGAAUGAACAAAAGCUGCUUCGAUUCUUAAUAUAGAAUCAUAUGGAAUUCUUGGUUUUGUUUUUUUAUGUCAAGGGUGAUUUUUGUUUUUUUUUAAUUCAUUUAUGCUGUGUUAAUUUGCAAUAUCUGUUGAUGUUUUCUUAAUCGGAACAAAUGAGAUGAUUAUAAUGCAGGUAGUAGUAACACUACUUAUAAAGAGCUUUGGUUAUUGUGUUAACAUUCUUUUUAUUAAUCUUCCAAAGAAAGCAAUACUGUUUCAUUGUUUUCCAACCAUUGUCAUAUCGUUGCUGAUGUCUUUGGCAGCGGCUGGAGGAUUCUUGGCUCUUUUCUUUGCUUUUGUUACUGCUAUAUACAUUGGAGCGUUAUCACUAGCCAUAUUUGUAAUUUCCG